ACAGAUGUGGCGUUGGAUUUGGUCAAUAAGUACCCGUAUUUGGCCACACUAGCGUUUCCGGAUGGUCGGUGUGCUUUGUGGACUAUAGCUGGAAACAAAUCAGCUUUCUCGGAUGGCGGCGAUGAUGGACGGCGCUUCAGAUUCCGGGAGCAUCUCGUGAAUAUUCUCUUCAGGCCUGGAGUAACUAGCACCAUGGAAAAGAGUAUGAUGAUGAAUCAACAAGCAACGAGUCUCGUGAAAUGCUUGUGCAAGAAAUUAAUGGAAUCCGAGAGUUUUCUGGAGGCUCUAGACAUGGCUACAAGCUCUAUCUUCGCUGCAACAAAUUCAGGGAACUACGAAGUUGUAGAAAUGAUCGUAGAGGCAUUCCCGAAUGUUAUCUAUGCUGUGGUACCGCUUUCCAGACAGCCCAUAUUCCACGUGGCAGUUCUAAGCCGCUCUGAGAGUGUCUUUAAUCUCAUACAACAAAUGAGUGAUCAUAAAUACGUACACUUAGACAUCGAAGACGAUGAUGGAAACAACCUGUUGCACGCCGCUGGAAAACUCGCACCAUCUCACAAACUCAACGAGAUUUCUGGCGCAGCUCUCCAAAUGCAGCGGGAAAUGCAAUGGUACAAGCAAGUCGAGAAAACUAUGAACCCUAGUUCGAGAAAACGAGAGAACAAGCAAGGAAAAUCUCCUAAUAUGGUUUUCACGGAGGAGCACAAGAAAUUGAAAGAGGAAGGAGAGAAAUGGAUAAAAGACACCUCAGAAUCGUGCACCAUUGCAGCGGCAUUGAUUGUCACAAUAAUGUUCGCAGCGGCUAUUACAGUGCCAGGUGGCAAUGAAAGCGACACUGGCUUCCCUGUUUUCGCCAGGGAAAAAGUGUUCCUCGUGUUUGCUAUUUCCGAUGCUAUCUCACUCUUCGCAUCCACUACUUCUCUGUUGAUGUUCUUGUCUAUCUUGACAUCACGCUAUGCAGAAGAAGAUUUUCUGAGUAAUUUGCCGAAGAGAUUAAUUAUCGGCCUUGGAACACUUUUUCUUUCAAUAACGUUUAUGAUGGUGGCUUUUAGUGCGACACUGUAUUUAGUGUUUGGCCGGAAGAAUGCGUGGGUGCUCAUUCCAGUGGCGGCGCUGGCCUGCUUGCCGGUUACGUCAUUUGUGUUCUUGCAGUUCCCACUUCUCGCCGACUUGAUUUCUUCCACAUUUGGCCCUGGAAUUUUUCGUAAACAAAGUAAUCGUCCAUUCUACUGAUCAGAGGUGGCAUUGGGGGUGUUAAUUUAAU